UCCGGAGAUCGCAGGGGCACGAGCGAGUAGCCAGCUGGCCAUGGAGCUGCUGUGCGGCGAGGUGGAGCCGGUCCGCAGGGCCGUGCCGGACGCCAACCUGCUCCACGACGACCGCGUGUUGCAGAACUUGCUGACCAUCGAGGAGCGCUACCUGCCCCAGUGCUCCUACUUCAAGUGCGUGCAGAAGGACAUUCAGCCCUACAUGCGCAGGAUGGUGGCCACCUGGAUGCUGGAGGUCUGUGAGGAGCAGAAGUGCGAAGAGGAGGUCUUUCCUCUCGCCAUCAAUUACCUGGACCGCUUCUUGGCCGGAGUCCCAACUCCGAAGACCCAUCUGCAGCUGCUGGGGGCCGUGUGCAUGUUCCUGGCGUCCAAGCUCAAAGAGACCAUCCCGCUGACCGCUGAGAAGUUGUGCAUUUACACCGACAACUCCAUCAAGCCUCAGGAGCUGCUGGAGUGGGAGCUGGUGGUGCUGGGCAAGUUGAAAUGGAACCUGGCAGCUGUCACCCCCCAUGACUUCAUCGAACACAUCCUUCGCAAGCUGCCUCAGCCCAGCGAGAAGCUGUCGCUGAUUCGCAAGCACGCUCAGACCUUCAUCGCUCUGUGCGCCACUGACUUCAAGUUUGCCAUGUACCCGCCGUCGAUGAUUGCAACUGGAAGCGUGGGGGCCGCCAUCUGUGGGCUUCAGCAGGAUGAGGACGUGAGCUCGCUCACUGGAGACGCUCUGGUGGAUCUCCUGGCAAAGAUCACCAACACGGAUGUGGAUUGCCUCAAAGCCUGCCAGGAGCAGAUUGAGGUGGUGCUGCUGAAUAGCCUGCAGCAGUACCGUCAGGACCAGGGCGACGGAUCCAAGUCGGAGGAUGAGCUGGACCAAGCCAGCACCCCUACGGAUGUUCGGGAUAUCGACCUGUGAGGAUGUGGGGUGGGCCAAAUGGGAGGGGUGCGUCCAAUCCGCUCUCUCCUUCUCUCUGGUUGUAUUUGGUUCUCUUACAUUUUAGGAUGAAACUUAAAAAAAAAAAAAAUUCUGCCCCCACCUAGAUCCUAUUGAAAGAUC